AUGUUUGCUUGCGAAGAGCACUUUUGCUCUAUUAAACUAUAUAUUGCUCAUCAUAGUGGUCAAGUUGAAUGGAAUGCAUUGAAACACAAUGAAGAACGUGUUCGUGAAAAAAUUGAAGAAUAUUUGGAAACUUAUAAUCGGUCAGGUGCAGCUGGGUUGCCGUUGGAAAUGAGUCAAUCAGCAAAGAGAAAAUUGGCAGUAAAAAAGAAAAUGGAGAGAAAAAGGCGACAUUCUGACUCGGAUGUUGACGAUAAUGAAAAAGAACAAAUGCCCAUUAUCGAAAAGGAAAUAGACGCUGCUGAUGAAGAAGAAGAAGAAUGGACAACGGGAACUCAUAGUCAACCUGCUACUGUUACUCAAACCGCUUCAAAUGCUCCACCACUCAAAGGCACAAUUACCAUAUUACCAGAUGGAAGAAAAGUGUAUAAAUAUCCUCGUAAAAAAGAGCGUUCAAAUCGUGUUCGUGCGCCAGCUCAAGAACUCGUUAAUUGUGAAUUAAAAACAAUCAACGAGCAAAUUGUUAGUCUCGUUCAAAUAAAAAACAUGGGUUUAUCUACAGCUGACACCAAAAAACAGUUGAAAAAACUGUUUGAUGAACGAAAGAAAAAAACAAUGGAAUUGAAACGUCUUAGAGCUCAACAGAUUACCAAAGCAAAUUUUCGAAAAAAACGUAAGUUAAUUGUCGAACAAUUAUGCGAGAAAAAUCCAGAAAUUGCCAAAGAAUUAAAUAAAGUUCAUAAACGGAAUACAAGUCGUCCUAGUACAGAAGAACAAUGUCCGGAUCUGCUGAAAAUAAUUGAAGAGAUCGCUCGAUGCGGUGGAGCCACGGAUAAUAAUCGGCGAUCAGAACAGUAUCGCCCAUGUUUAACAUUGGAAGAUUUACGAGAAACAAUUAAACAACGAGGUUAUGAUAUCAAACAAACAACAUCGUAUUACAGAUUAGUACCGCGUCGGGCUGCCUCGAUUGAUGGUCGCCGACAUGUUCGUACCGUGCCUGUUCGUCUUCGAUCUGCUGCUCAAACGAACGAUCCAGUCAAUAAUCAUGAAGACACUCAUUUUGCCACAGCAACCAUUCGUUAUAUCAAAGAUUUGGCUAGUAUAUUUGGUAAUGAAGUCGUUUUUUUCCUGUCACAAAAUAAUAAAUGCAAAGUACCGAUUGGAUUACCAGCUGCUAAAAUACAGGCGCCAAUGUUAAUGCAUUUGGAUUAUGACAUUAAAGAACCUGAAAGUCGUAAUGCAAGAAUUGCACCGCGACAUCAAUUGACACCCAGUGUGUAUGCAGCGUGUAUUAUUAAUCCCGAUGGUGACGUAGGUUAUGCAGGUCCAACAUACAUAGCCAUAAGAUCAGCUAAACAUGAUCUAUCUGAUGCACCAGCACAUUCAAAAGAUUUUGAUACUUUGGUAAAAUUAAAAGAAUUUGAAAAAGCUUGUAGAGAUAUACAUGGAAAUGUCAAGCCAAUUGUAAUAAUUACGGUUGAUGGUACUCCAGAUGACAAUCCUCGUUUUACUAAAACAUUAAUCGGAGCCAUUGGAAAAUUUCGUAAAUAUAACUUAGAUGCAUUAUUUGUUCUUACUCAUGCACCAGGUCAAUCAACUUAUCAUGUUGUUGAACGUCGAAUGUCACCGUUAGCACAAGAUUUAGCUGGUCUUAUAUUACCUCACGAUCAUUUUGGUACACAUUUGGAUGGUAAUGGAAUGACGAUUAAUCAAGAAUUAGAAAGAACGAAUUUUAAACGAGCGGGAGAAGUUCUGGCUGAGGUAUGGCGAGGAUCGGUACUCGAUGAUUAUCCAGUUGUUUCUGAAUAUAUUGAACCAACAGGAAAGACAGAUGACGAACAAAGAGAGUUUGGGGUCAAUUCUGCAAUGGAAAGUCUAAUGAAAAGACUGUGUAUUGCUGAAGAAGAAGGAGUUGAAAUUAGUGAGAACACAUCGGAUGAAUAUUUUUUGGAAAAAUGUCGUGUGAAAACCGCUCAAUUGGAAGAAGAAUUAACAAACGAAUCUGUUAAAUAUGAACUCGAUGAGUAUUGGUGUGGUACUCAUGUUCUUCAAACACAAUAUACAAUACAAAUCGUUCGAUGUAACGAUCCAUUAUGUUGUGGAAAAUGGAGAUCAAAUUAUGUUCAAAUAUUUCCACAUCGAUUUUUACCACCACCAAUGCCAUUUGAACGUACACCUUUGGGUAUUAUAAUGGCUAAAGAGGAUAAAAUGAAAAAUCAGUUUUAUGGUUCAUUAUUUCAUCGUAUUCAAUUUCAUGGUGUUGUUAUUCAAUAUACUCUUAAUGAUCAAUUACCAUUCGAUUAUUGUUGUUCAUCAGUUAAAAAAGAUUUGAAAAAACGAGUAUGCAAAAUAUGUAAACAAUAUAUACCAAGCACAUAUCGAAUGAAACAACAUUAUAAAAUACAUGAACAAUAUCAACAAUAUCUAGAAGAAAAGGAAGAAGAUGUUCGCGAUGAUUUAUUUGCAUUAUUAGCUCAAAGUGAAAUAUUAUCAAAACUUGAUUCUGAGACAGAACAAGGUGCUGUUGUAUUUUCUGAUAUGUUAGAUUGGUUAAAAUCUGAUUUUGAAGAAUUAGACAUACAAGAACAAGCUAAAGAACGUUCGAAAAAGCCAGCAUCAUGGGAAAAACGUUCGGUUAUUACAGAACCGACCGAUACAUGGAGCGAUCAAAUAUUGUCAAAUCUAACGUUAAAAGAAGACAAUGGUCAAUCUGAAAAACCACAAGAAGAACAAGGAGAUCAAGAGGAAGAAGACGAAUUAGAUGACUGGGAACGAGUAGAUGCAUUAUUAACAGAAAAUAAAGGUUAG